GGUCAACUCCUUUCCCUCCGACUCGUGGUUUCGAACCUGUCGUUCACGCGGGUCCUUCCGACUCGUGGUGGCGAACCUAGGUCUUGGAUCAGGUUUCAGUGUAGGGCUCAGACACACUUGAUUUGGUUCAAUUGACCUCACGCUCAUUAAUCAUGUCGCAUGAGUUAAACUUGGACGCAUUUUGCAGUAAUCCUUCUGUGGCGGAGCUACAAACUGCCAAAGUGACAAAGAAUGAUUUAAAGUACAUAGCCCGACAGUUUGAUCUCUCAUAUCCGUCUGACAUUCGGAAGGAAGAACUCCGAACUCAAAUCCUAGUUCACCUUGGAGGUGAAGCCACUAGUGCUGCUUCACAGCACGACGCCAGUUUAAUGCUCGAACUCGAAAAGCUGAAACUAAUGGCAGCAAGAGAAAGAGAGAGAGAAGAGAGAGAACUAAGGCGAGAAGAACUAGCUUUUCAAAAAGAAAAAGCGGAAAGAGAUCUGGCAUAUGUAAAAGAAAAGGAGGAAAAAGAAAGAGAGGAGAAAGAAAAAGAAAGAGAGGAGAGAGAAAAAGAAAGAAUCCACGAGACCCAACUCGCACAAUUAAAAUCUCGAUCAACCACCACAGCUGACCUCAAACAAAAGUUAACUAAGUAUCUCUCACUACUCCCUCAGUUCUCUGACAAAGACCCCGAAACUUUCUUUGGACAGUUCGAGGACACAGCAGUACAUUUUGAACUGCCCCGAGAAGACUGGCCUUGGCUUCUUAAACCCAAACUCAGCCAAAAGGCUUUAACUAUUUUGAACGGCCUCGAAAACAACACGGAUUACGACUGUGUCAAACAGGGCAUCCUAGCGGCGUACUCCAUUACCACAGAAGGAUACCGUCAGUCUUUUCGAAAAAUGUUCAAAACUCCGCAACAAACCUAUCUAGAGUUUGCCUCAGAGAAACUGAAGGCUCUCAAGCGUUGGCUUAAGUCAGCCGCGAUAACCACGUACGACGAAUUAGUAAAUCUCUUAGCCUUAGAAGAGUUCAUGCGUAAGCUCCCUUACUCAGUAAUGUUACACAUCACCAACAAAGAAGAAACGGAUCUUCUCAAAGCCGCUCAGUUAGCGGACCUUUUCUCCCUGGUGAAUCGCAAGGCAACCUCAGACAAGCUGACCGAGACUCCUAGUGGAUGGAGUUCUCAUGAGUGUUCCGGCCCUCUAAGGUCCCAGAAUGUGCUCAGCCGUCUGCAGGAAGCGAACCUCACCGUGAAGCUGGCGAAGUCUACGUUCGGAGCUGCCACCGUCUCCUACCUAGGACAUCAGAUUGGACAAGGCUCCGUCCGGCCCAAGACCGCUAACGUCGACGCAGUACUGAAGUACCCAACUCCCACUACUCGACGCGAGCUCCGCCGCUUCCUGGGCAUGGCGGGGUUCUACCGGCGUUUCUGUCCAAACUUCGCAGACGCAGCUGGGCCACUUACUAGACUAACUAGUGGGAAUGUGGCGUACGAAUGGACCCCUGCCUGCCAACAUGCCUUCAAUCAACUUAAGAACUUGCUUGCUCGGGAACCGGUUUUGCGUGCGGCCGACUUCAGUAAACCCUUCAUCAUACAUACUGACGCCAGUGAUCACGCUUCGGGUGCCGCCCUCCUGCAAGAAUCUGACGGAAUCUUUCACCCAGUCGCCUACCACUCCGAGAAGUUCAACAUCCAUCAGAAGAAUUACAGCACUAUCGAGAAAGAACUUUUAGCCAUUAUCUCUGCCAUCAAGAAGUUUGAGUACUAUCUUCAGUCCAACACCCAGCCACUCCAAAUCUACACUGACCACAACCCUUUGACUUUUCUCAACAGGAACCGCUUCACUAACCAACGUCUGCUACGGUGGUCUCUACAGCUCCAGCCUUACCUCAUUGAAAUGCACCAUAUUAAGGGACUGGACAACUGCCUUGCUGACACUUUGUCUCGCCUUCCCACUACGCCUCGCAUCACUACCCGUCGCGACCCUGAGGACCCUAGGAUCCUGUUGCCGGGGAUGCAGUCGUGCCUUGUGAACCGGUCGAUGGAGGCAGCCGAGGGCCGAGCACUGCCAGAAGAACCAUCUACCGACGUUCUGGUGGAAUCAACCUUCACGGGACAGGAACCACCUCACUUCUCUAAUGACGCAGAGUCAUUCCUUCUGCGUCAUCCUAAGAAGGGGGGAAUGUCACACACGUGA